AUGGCUCAUAUGGCUCUGGCUCUCACGUACUGGUUACUGUUCCUUCUUCCUCUACUCCUCGUUGCUCGAACGUUGGCUUCAAGCAACCGCAAAGUCAGGAAAAUUAGCCAUGAAUGCGAAAGGGUUCUUGUACUCGGUGGCACCAGCGGCAUAGGGCGUGAAAUCGCGCGUCGAUAUGUUUCGCGAGGCGCGAAAGUUUGCAUAGUUGGGCGAGGCGAAGACAAGCUAAAGGAGACCAUCGAGGAAUGCAGGACUUUAAACUCAGAGGCUUCUGUGUUUGGCUAUACUGCAGACCUUGCCGGUGUGGAAGAUAUGACACGCUUGAGAAGGCAUCUGGAACAAGACUUCCAGGGAUUGGACACUAUGAUUGUCGCAGCAGGAGUAUCUGCGGUUAGGCCACUUCUAGAUAUCGCUGGUGUACAAUCGUCCCGGGAUGCCUGUUCUGAAGGAAUAGAACGAGCAGUUACUGUAGCGAACGCUGCGUUGAAGAGCAAUUUCACUGGACCUCUAGUUGCUGCAGUUACCCUCAUCCCUUUACUCAAACGAACUUCUCCUUCCCCUUCUAUUCUCCUCAUAUCCUCCCUCGGAGCAGUUAUCCCAGCACCCACGCGAACCAUAUACGGUUCGACAAAGGGUGCUUCCCUCAUUCUCUACCAAGCUCUUGCAAUAGAGCACCCAUCUAUUCGGUUCUCAUCCGUUCUACCUAGUACCGUAGAAGGCGAUUUUCGGGCAUCUGCUGUGGAUAUCGAUGACCGGGAUUCCAAACCAUCGUCAUGGAACCCCGAAGGUCUUAAAAUACGCGACGUUGCCCAGCGAUGCAUCAUUGCUGUAGAUCGAAGGGAAAAACUCGUUUUCUUUCCGGCCACGAUGCGAUUGGGACAUUUUCUGUAUUGGAUUUGGCCGUCCUUCAUAGAGCGAAAGGCAAAGAAGAAGUAUGGAUUUACAGCUGCCUCGUGA